UCACAUCUGGAGCACCGAGUUACGCGACAGGGUACUGCCGACGUCUGCAAAGUUUCAUCUGCUGCUGGUGCCUAACUUUCUACAAUGCUUCUCGGUAUGCUUGCUGCGUUAAUUUCUUCUUUCCUCCUCAUCGAGGCGAAAGAGAAAGACUUUUACACUUUUAAAGUAGUUAACAGCAGAGGCAGACUAGUGUCCCUGGAGAAAUAUCGGGGUUCGGUGUCCCUGGUGGUGAACGUGGCCAGCGACUGUGGCUUCACGGAGGAGCACUACCGGGACCUGCAGCAGCUGCAGAAGGACUACGGGCCGUACCACUUCAACGUGCUCGCCUUCCCCUGCAACCAGUUCGGCCAGCAGGAGCCCGGCAGUGACAAGGAGAUUGACAGCUUUGUGCGCAGAGUCUACGGAGUGUCUUUUCCGCUCUUUAGUAAAAUCGCUGUGGUUGGAACGGGAGCCAACAACGUCUACAAGUACCUGGCCGAGUCUUCAGGGAAGGAGCCAGACUGGAACUUCUGGAAGUAUCUUAUCGACGUGAGCGGGAAAGUACUGGAUGCAUGGGGCCCCGGCGUGUCCGUCAAAGACAUCAAACCCAAAGUGGCGGAAUUGGUGCGAGGGAUCAUUUUAAAGAAGAAGGAAGAGCUUUAAAGAUACCAACAUUGUUCAACUUUAUUCCUGUCCUUGCCAAGUGCAAACCACUGUCAACGUUAAUAUCAGGGUGUGGCUUCUCGACAGUUACUCAUUUCAGUUUAAGUUGGUCCACAGUAUGUAUUUGAUUCACUAGUUGAAUAUAGAAGAUUACUCUGGGAUUCAAUUUGUAAUUUAAUCACAUUUGAGGCAAAUGCCACAAAACCCUGAAUGGGAUGUGUUCUACUAAAAUAUAGGGUUAUUGGAAUAAUGAAAAAAAUCAUCAAACUUUUCGCUACCUUUUAUGAGCACUAUUAAACCCUUUAUCACCACUAUGUUGUCGAAAGUUCCCCGACCAUCAGAGGUAUUCAACAUUUGUUUUUCAUUGGAAGUCAUUUUGUAAAGAAGCAAAAUAAAUGUGUUUCGUUUUGUAAAAUUAUUGUAGAGUUUAUUAGAAUAAACAAUUCCUCAAAGAGUUAAUGAUAUUUUACGAGGCACUUUACAACGAAUCACCAUUGAACAGGUAGGGCCUAGACCGUGAAGCCAGAGACAGGUCAUCAAGGAGAUGGUAGGGGUUAGACAAUGAAUAGAGAUCCGCCAUUAAGGAGUAUAGGUUGGACAGUUCAGAGACAGGUCAUUAAGGAGCAGGUAGUUGUGAGGCCGUAUAGAGACAGGUCAUAAAGGAGCAGGGAGUGAAUACAGACCAAGGUCAUGAAGGACCAGGGAGGGUUAUCAGUGAAUACAUAUAAAUUGGGGGCUAGGAAUCUUUCUUAGGGAUGUGUAUGGGGAGAUUGACAAUCAAUUAAACUAGAAAAUAAAAACAAACAAAACAAGACUAUAUCAAAUGUCUUCUUUUGUAGUUUUAUACCAUAAUAAAUGUGUUAAUGCUGCACAUAGUAUGAUGUAAUUUAUUCAGACAUAUUCAUUCAGAACCAGCUCAUUGGUCACAUUAAAUAUUUAACUUUUUUCACCAAACAGAUAAAGCAAACAUUGUAUCAAACCAAUGGCACUAUGUCUCAAAAUAAAAUAAAGAUACAAACCA